GAAAACGGUACGAUGAUGCGCAUGCGCAGCGUAAAGAACGUGCAUGUAAUUCUGCUGUCACUGUAAAGCGCUUUAAAUUAGUUAUAUUAAGUUUUAUUAGCAUUUACGUGGAAAUAUCGAAUACGUAUGUUUGACAUUUGCCACAUAUGAUUAUAUAUCCAUAGUUUAAUCCAAAUCUGCGAAGUGUUUCCUUGAGGUUUUGUCCUUCAAACUACCUUCCCGAAAUGCGUCUCAGUGUUCGCGCGCUCAUCUCGCACGGGCGCGUGGCCCGGCGGAUUGGCCUCGGGCCGGAGUCACGGAUCAACAUUCUGCGGAACAUCCUGACGGGUUUAGUGCGACAUGAGAGGAUCGAGACUACACGAGCCCGAGCCGACGAGGUUCGAUUUUACGCUGAAAAGUUAAUUGAUUAUGCAAAAAUUGGAGAUACCAAUAAGAAAUCGAUGGACAUGGCAGAGUUCUGGUUAACGGAAAAAGAUCUGAUUCCUAAGCUUUUUAAAGUACUUGCUCCAAGGUUUGCAAACCAGUCCGGUGGAUAUACACUGAUGGCCCGUAUUCCAAACAGGGAAAACCUGGACCGCGCUGCUAUGGCUGUCCUCGAGUAUAAAGGCAACCCAUUCCCGCCCUUGUUUCCUGUUAAACGUGCACAUGAACUGAACCUCAUCAACCAACUUCUAAAAGGAUACAGAGAAGAGAAAGCCAUGUCUAUUCAGAAUAGGGGCUCAUAGAUUAUUUUAUCAUUUACACUAUUUUGUCUAACACCUUUUUUGUGGCAGAAAUUGAUGCAUUAGACCUUUACAUACAGACUUUUUUUUUUUGUACAAAAGUUUGGAUAUAUCAUGCCUUUAUUUAUUUGUGCAUUUGUGUCAUCUUGCAAACUUUGCAGUAAAAUUAAUUCAUUGAGGGAAAAAAAAAAGAGUCUCUUAUUGAGUCUUGCUAGACUUUUGUGCUGAAUUUCAUAUAUA